GUUCCUACUCUGCUCUGCAUCCGCCUCUGGUUUGGUGAAUUGGACAUUAUAAGAGCUCAUUUGCUCAGUCUCUGCCGAACGGGAAACGACAACACACCGACGUCGCGCAACGAGCUCCCCGCCAAACGACCCCUGAUUGCCCCUCGCCACGUAACCGCCCAACUCUGCAAUCCGACGCAGCGGAACUGCGAAAAUACCUAAGCACAAUGUCUGGAUUUUUGGAAAAUGCUUAUAGCUUGGUUCAUCAAGACAAUGCUGCUGAUGUACCCUCUGUCGCGGACCUGCGACUGCAACUCGAGAAAGGCACGGAUGAGAGCAAAGUAGACACGAUGAAGUCCAUUUUGACUAUUAUGUUGAAUGGUGAUCCGAUGCCGACCCUGCUCAUGCACAUUAUCCGAUUUGUGAUGCCGUCAAAGUACAAGCCUUUGAAGAAACUUCUCUACUUCUACUACGAAAUUUGUCCCAAAUUAGAUGCAAAUGGCAAGCUCAAACAGGAGAUGAUUCUUGUGUGCAAUGGAAUUCGAAACGACUUGCAGCACCCCAACGAAUACAUCCGUGGCAACACAUUGCGAUUUCUCUGCAAGCUUCGAGAAGCGGAGUUGAUAGAACCGUUGCUAUCAUCUGCUAGAUCUUGUUUGGAGCACCGACACGCUUAUGUUCGCAAGAAUGCGGUAUUUGCAGUUUCGUCUCUUUACAGCCAUUCCCCAUCGCUCAUCCCAGACGCUGCCGAGCUUAUCACUGCAUUCUUAGAUGGCGAGACUGAUCCAACCUGCAAACGCAAUGCCUUCGCGGCUCUUGCAAGCAUCAACCACGAUUCAGCACUUGUAUACUUAAGCUCAGUUUUUGAUGGAAUCCCGAAUGCUGAAGAGCUGCUACAACUUGUUGAGUUAGAGUUCAUCAGAAAAGAUGCCAUUCAAAAUUCUCAAAACAAGGCACGCUACUUGAGACUCAUCUUUGAUCUUUUAGAAGCCGGUGCCUCCACAGUCGUUUACGAAGCUGCGUCAUCACUCACAGCUUUGACAAAUAAUCCUGUCGCCGUGAAGGCUGCUGCAGCAAAGUUCAUUGAACUUAGCAUUAAGGAGGCGGACAACAACGUAAAGCUCAUUGUGUUGGACAGAGUUGAACAAUUGAGACAGAAGAAUGAAGGAAUUCUUGACGACCUUGUCAUGGAAAUUCUGCGUGUUUUGUCGAGCACAGAUAUUGAUGUUCGUCGCAAGGCACUCGGCAUUGCUCUGGAGAUGGUAUCCAGCAAAAAUGUCGAAGAAGUUGUUCUGCUAUUGAAAAAGGAACUCUCCAAGACUGUCGACCAGGAAUACGAGAAAAACGCUGAAUACCGAUCACUGUUGAUUCAUUCCAUCCAUCAAUGUGCGAUCAAAUUCUCAGAAGUCGCCGCCAGCGUCGUCGAACUGCUCAUGGACUUCAUUUCGGACUUUAACAAUGCAUCUGCUGUUGAUGUUAUCAACUUUGUUAAGGAGGUUGUUGAGAAGUUUCCUGAGCUGCGACCUACGAUUGUCGAACGCCUUGUGUCUACUCUUGAGGAAGUGCGGGCUGGCAAAGUGUACCGAGGUAUUCUAUGGAUUAUCGGUGAAUACUCGCUUGAGGCAAAGGACAUCCGCGAUGCUUGGAAGAGGAUCCGUGCAAGCCUGGGCGAAAUCCCCAUUCUGGCAUCAGAACAACGCCUCCUAGAGGAACAGGAUACCGAUGACAAAAAGGAUGAACCAACAAACGGAGAAUCCAAGUCAGCCCCAACUGGCUCACGGAAGGUUCUGGCGGAUGGCACCUACGCCACUGAGUCAGCGCUUACCAGUCAAUCAUCCGCCGCCGCAAGAUUGGAAGCUGUAAAGGCAGCACAGAAGCCUCCUCUGAGACAGCUUAUUCUUGACGGCGACUACUACCUAGGUACCGUGCUGUCCUCCACACUGGUCAAGCUUGUUAUGAGACAUGCAGAGUGUUCAAAGGAUACCGCCAGGACCAAUGCUCUCAAAGCCGAGGCAAUGUUGAUUAUGAUAUCCAUUCUUCGAGUUGGCCAAUCCCAGUUUGUCAAAGCCCCGAUUGAUGAGGAUUCCGUCGAUCGUAUCAUGUCAUGCGUUCGCUCUUUGGCUGAGUUCUCUGGCAAGCGUGAACUAGAAUCUGUGUGGCUUGACGAUACCCGCAAAGCUUUCCGAGCAAUGGUGCAAGCCGAUGAGAAGAAGCGUGCUGCCAAAGAGGCUUCUGAAAAGGCUAAAUUUGCCGUUCAAGUUGAUGACGUUGUCCAAAUACGCCAGCUCUCCAAAAAAAACACUACUGACGUGGAUGAGAUCAACCAAGAUUUAGAGAAAGCUACGGGUGGUGAAGCCGAGGCAGAUGACCUAUCUUCGAAGCUGAGCCGUGUUGUUCAGCUUACUGGAUUUUCUGACCCCGUAUACGCCGAAGCAUAUGUCAAGGUACAUCAGUUUGACAUUGUUUUGGAUGUUCUACUCGUCAAUCAAACAACAGAGACGUUGCAGAAUCUUUCUGUUGAAUUUGCGACUCUUGGAGAUCUUAAGGUUGUUGAACGACCAACAACCCAAAAUCUCGGACCUCAUGACUUUCACAACGUCCAAUGCACAAUCAAAGUUUCAUCUACAGAUACCGGCGUGAUCUUUGGCAAUGUCAUCUAUGACGGAGCACACUCAACCGAUACAAAUGUAGUGAUUCUUAACGAUCUGCAUGUGGAUGUCAUGGAUUACAUUCAGCCUGCAACCUGCACAGAGACUCAAUUUAGAACCAUGUGGACCGAGUUUGAGUGGGAGAACAAGGUCAAUAUCAACUCCAAGGCUAAGUCUCUUCGGGCCUUUUUAGAUCAACUCAUGGCAUGUACCAACAUGAACUGCCUUACACCUGAGGCAAGUCUGAAGGGCGACUGCCAGUUUUUGAGCGCCAAUCUCUACGCCCGCAGCGUUUUUGGCGAGGAUGCAUUGGCUAAUCUGAGCAUCGAACAAGAUGGGGAAGACGGCCCAAUUACUGGAUUCGUACGCAUCAGAAGCAGAUCACAAGGACUCGCUUUGAGCUUGGGUGCGUUGAAGGGCCUUAGCAAGCUGGGAUCGCCCGCUUAGGGCUUUAUGACCAUACUACGUACAUCUUGAUGAAUGGCCAACAAUUUGACGAUGAAAGGACAUUGACAAACACGCUAACACGAAACUUGGUACGUGGUAUAUUUUACAGUAAUCAUAAACAAAUUGUUCUAACGCACGUGCUUCCCAGAACAUCAGGGGCCGGCAGAAUCGCAUCGCUUUGUCGCUAGAGGGUAUCAUUAGAUGGCCGAAAUGCACCUAUUGUUGUUCAAAGACAAGAGCAUUUAGUAUAUGCCCUUCCGUCCACCCCUGUUCCGUAAGGCUCAAUCUCUCAUUGAGCAUUUUGCCCAUGUAUGCUAUACGUAAUCGUUUAUGUGGCGAUAACUGGCAUGCUCCAUUAGUAGACUAGGUCUGUCAUGGCAUUGGGUCGACUUACUCGGCAUUGCUUUCCUAUCUUUUCGACUAUACUUUGAACGGAAUCUGAUUUUCUGAUGUAAAAAACGAUAUCUUUGCCGGUUUCACUUAGCCGAGCUCGCACUUGUGCUUGGUUCUCUGUCGUCAAAGCAUUGGCCUGUGCAUCACUAGGUUCGCCACUGUCGCUCUUUGCAAAUGCAACUGUUGAAUCGGGUUCACCUUGAAACGACGCAUCGUUUCUGACACCUUCACUAGAGUCAGCCAGAUUUUGCGGCUCAGCAACUACCCAUUCAGGAAGCGCGUAGUAGUUGCCGAAGGAAUCGUAGGCGCCAUCAGCGAGAUCUCCAGUUGGCAACGAAAUCUCUGCGGCUGACAACAUAGUCUGUGCAGUGAGUAGAUUGUCUGAUCCAUCACCACUUAUACUGUCUUCAGACCAGAGAAUUUCAAGCACAGCCUUUAAUGUCUGCCAUAUCUCCGGUCUACCUGUGACUCUUGUAUCAAAAUAAUCUCUCCGUUCGCUCUUAAGCUGUUCUCUGGUCCAAGAUCGAUCCUUUGCGGUCCAUUUAUGCCGCCGGAGUGGCUUGUUUAGCUGCUCAGUGAGAGCUGGGCGUGGGCUUCUAUGGGAGCGAUGCUGUGCUGUUGAGCGCUGGCCAAUAACACUUUCGGGUAAUGUGAGCGGAGGAGGAUUAAUAUGCCUAGCUGAUGGAUUGGGCAGACCACCUGGAUAUGGUGAAUUAGGACCCGAGGCGCGUGAGAAACAGCAACCCUAAGACGACUUAGUAUUAUGGCAUGGUUGUUGUUUAUGGGUUUGGGUUUGCCACACCAUCGCGGGUUUCAGAGAUGAUCAGGGCCGGUACGCCAGUCUUAGCCUCAAAAACCGUAACCAGUGAAUGGUUAUGUAAUUCUCUGGUUGUUUAUCAGCUCGAAUAUGGGAAUAAUUCGACAAUUCUGGCGGGCUGCGGGUUGGAGACCGACGCUGUCGAUCGAAGUCGCAAUAUGUGUGCAGAAGCAGAUGUGUAUUGUAAAUGGGCGCUUUGUGCGAAUUUAGUAGCUAUUGGUGCUGUAGUUGAGUUAAUAUACUGCUACAAGGUCUGGAGUUAUGUAUGUUGAGAGUCAUAAGCUGAAUAUUGCGCAGCGUGUG